AUCACAGAGCAGCUUCUAGGUUUUAUAAAAGACUGUGAUAAACUGGAUGCCAGUGUCAAGCAGUAGCUCUGCUAAAUGCCAACAUGACUAUCGGAAAGAUCAUCUUCUACGAGGACAGGAACUUUCAGGGCCGAUACCAUGAGUGCAGCAGUGACUGUGCAGACCUGCACCCUUAUUUUACCCAAUGCAACUCAAUCAGGGUAGAGAGUGGGUGCUUCAUGGUGUAUGAGCACCCAAAUUAUAUGGGACAGCAGUACUUCCUGCGGAAGGGCGAGUAUUCUGACUGUCAGCGCAUGAUUGGCUUCAGUAACUGUAUCAGAUCAUGCCGGAUGAUCCCCAUGUAUGCUGGUAACUACAGAAUGAGGCUAUAUGACCGGGCUGAUAUGGGAGGUCAGAUGGUAGAAGUCACGGAAGACUGCCCUAACAUCAUGGACCGCUUCCAUACAUCUGACAUCCAUUCCUGUCACGUGAUGGACGGUCACUGGCUUCUGUAUGAGCAGCCCAACUACAGGGGACGAAUGUACUACCUUGGACCAGGUGAAUACAAGAAGUACAGCGACUGGGGAGGAAUGGCCCCAAGAAUCGGGUCCCUCAGGAGAAUAACCUCUUUCAACUAGACAACAUCAAUUGUGCAACAACAUAUGCACUAAAUAAAAUCUCUUGACUGAAA